CCAUACAUUCAAUAGUAUUAGGUUUCUGUUUCUUCGUCGAUCCUUCAGUAAUUUAAAAUCGAAAAGAAAUAGAGGCCAUCGAUCGUUUUUGCCCCUUCUUAUUCUUAUUCUUUGAUUUUUCUUUUUAUUUAAACUAUAGAAUUCUUUUAAACCUUUGUUUUCUUUUUAUUUCCUUUUGUAGUAUCUUUUUUCUUUUCUGCCUGAACGAAUCUUCUGUAUGCAUUUGUCACAUCUGCGCUUUAUCUUCUAAAUAUCUUUUUCUUUUAUCUUUCAUCUUUUUCUUAGGAUCGCCUUUGCGGCAUUAAACUGCUUCUUCAUCUUCUUUUCCUUCUUCUUCUCCUUGUCACUCAUUCAUUUUUGAUCUUAUUCAUUUAUACUUCUUUUAUCAUUCACGAAACCACGUAUAAAGGUAUGAUGAUUGAUGGUGUGAAAUACGCAUGUGCCACCUGCAUCAAGGGCCAUCGAUCAUCUCACUGCAAGCAUACCGAUCGUCCUCUGGUGCAAAUCAGGAAAAAAGGUCGUCCUGUUACGCAUUGCCAGUACUGCAAACGUCCGCGUAGUCCUAAAUCAGUUGCUGGCACCUCGUCUGGGCGUUUCAUAGCCAAUGGUGCUUGCCAUUGCCACGGAGAAACAGUGCUAACGGGUCAUGAUCCUACGACGGAUUAUUCUUCUCCCGAAUGUCAAGCGGGAUCGACAGACCCGCGACAAGCCACUCACGCCACGUCGGUUUUGGAAUCAUCGAGGCUGACUUCGAUUCCAUGCCACAGCAAUAAUAAUUUCAGCUCGCUAGUUCAGAUCCCGUCCAUUGGGUUUUUUAAUCCUGAAUCGGUCGUCGACUCGUGGUCGUCGACCUCGCACAAUGACGAAAACGACAUUUCCCCGUAUCACGGGCUAGUGGGCUCGCCUAUUCCGCUCCUUGCCACUGCUGAACCCUCUUCCGGUUGCAUAGAUUCUGCCAUCCCAGCCAAAGCUGGAAUAACCUUGCAGAAUACUGAUGUGCUUCCCAACAACGCUUGCAUAGCCACAGUCAACCCUAUGGUGUCUAGCUCCUCCAUGUUAUGUUCUGGUCCAUCCUCGACCCUGUCAUCCGAUGGUGCGCGCAGAAACAAUUUUUGCGCUAAUUCCGCUCCAUCCGACAAUGCAACCCUGUUGCAAAAUUUUCCAAAUGGAGUCCCAGUGACUUCAUGGCCAAAUCAUGGCCCUUAUCCGUCUGAUAUUAGCGCCAAUAGCGCCAAUAGCUUCAAUGGCAUCAACAGUGCUGACACACAACAGGAAAUAACCGAAUUAUUCCUACCACCACCUGGUGCGGAUUACCCGUCUCUUCCUCUCGCAGAUCAUGAAGGCCGGUUCGUAGACGAAGCGGGCGAAUCGGCCUUGGUGACCAUCACCCCGCUUCAUCCCGGAUCCAACGGGCGUCCAAGAUCCAAAGUUCAUGUCGUAACCUGUUAUCGCGGCAACACGUGUAAUUGCGCUGGCUGUCUCCUCCAUCACGGUAACCGUCUCUUUGAAAGCAAUCCUUCCGCCAACGGCUCCCCGGCAAGAAACUUUACCUCUCUUAUCAAUCCCACGUAUGGAUUGCUUCCAUACUCUUUUCCCGCCACCCCUUCUUCAGCCACCGCUUCUUCGGCUACCUCGUCAUCCUACGCUUCCGACGAUGAUUGGCGAAGUUAGCGAUUUCAUUUCUCAUUGCUUUCCACCAACCCCCUUUUCUCUUUCUGUAAACUAGAAGUAUGUAAAUAAAUCAACAUCAUGUCAUCAUUUUUUUUUUAUAAAAAACAAGCAAGCAGGUAGUUGUAAAUCAGUCAUUCAUGGAUUUAAUUCUGACCGUGGAUGGCUGCCAGUUGCAAUGCGAAAAUCAUGAAUAAAUUAAAUUUGCCUGAUCGCCUAUCUCGGCAAAUCACUUCAAAGGUCA